ACCAGCAGAGGGCGAGCGCUGCCUACGUGCCGGCUGAUUGGUGCGCCAAGAGCUCCCGGCGGCGCUGCAAGGGGACUGAGGAAGAAGCAACUCCAGCCACCUCCUUCGCCAAGCGAGGGAAAGCGGAACCGGCCAGCUGAUUGCUCGCCGCCGCCCCCCGCGUCCUCCGCGGCACCUCCUCUACCUGAACGGGGAGCGGCAGUCGAGCUCCGCCUCGCCGGGCAGCAAUUUCCCCGCCUCGCUCCUCUCUGGGCGUUUUGUAAAUACAGUAACUUCAGCUGCCGAGGCCGGGCAAAGGUCGCGCAUGGAGCUUUAGGAGGCGCUUCCCGGGGUGCUGCUGCCGCCGCCGCCGCCGGCUCUCCUUCCUUCCUUCCCUCCCUCUCCUGCCUGCCUGCCAUGUGGCUUGGCCCCGAGGUGUAAACGCCGGGCUUUCUCUUUCCCCGCCGGUGCUGCGGACUCUGGAUUGUAGCCGCGUUGGAGCCGUUGGGGACCUUCUCUCGGUUUGCUUUGCGCCCCUCGCCGCCAGCCGCUGCGCCUCGCCGUGCGCCCCCCUUGGAUUGCGCGUCUCCAGCCAGGACAUGUCGGUGACGGAGCUGUACAGCAAGUACACAAGAGUCUGGAUUCCUGACCCAGAGGAAGUCUGGAAAUCGGCAGAAAUAAUCAAAGAUUACAAAGAAGGAGAUAGAACCCUACACCUGAAACUUGAAGAUGAAACGGUCCUGGAAUAUCCCAUUGAUCCUAAAACCAACAAGCUUCCCUUCUUGCGUAAUCCUGAUAUUUUGGUUGGAGAAAAUGACCUGACAGCUUUAAGUUACCUCCAUGAACCUGCAGUCUUGCACAACCUAAAAGUCAGAUUCUUGGAAUCAAACCAUAUCUACACCUACUGUGGUAUUGUGCUCGUUGCCAUUAAUCCUUAUGAACAGUUGCCAAUCUAUGGACAAGAUGUCAUCUAUGCAUACAGUGGCCAAAACAUGGGAGACAUGGAUCCUCAUAUCUUUGCAGUGGCAGAGGAAGCUUAUAAGCAAAUGGCCAGGGAUGAGAAGAACCAGUCCAUUAUUGUUAGCGGGGAGUCUGGGGCCGGAAAAACGGUCUCUGCCAAAUACGCCAUGCGAUUCUUUGCAUCGGUUGGAGGCUCUUCCAGUGAAACCAAUAUUGAAGAGAAGGUCCUGGCGUCCAGUCCUAUCAUGGAGGCAAUUGGUAAUGCUAAAACAACCAGAAAUGACAACAGCAGUCGCUUCGGGAAGUACAUUCAGAUCGGCUUUGAUAAAAGAUACCACAUCAUUGGUGCCAACAUGAGGACAUAUCUGCUAGAGAAAUCAAGGGUUGUUUUCCAGGCAGAUGAUGAGCGGAACUAUCACAUCUUCUAUCAGCUCUGUGCUUCAGCUGGUCUUCCAGAAUUUAAAGACCUCUCACUAACUUGUGCUGAAGACUUUUUCUACACAUGUCUGGGAGGCGAUACGUCCAUUGAAGGAGUAGAUGACGCAGAUGACUUUGAGAAAACCAGGCAUGCUUUCACGCUACUUGGAGUGAAGGACUCCCAUCAGAUGACCAUUUUUAAGAUCCUUGCUGCCAUCCUACACCUUGGAAAUUUGGACAUUAUAUCAGAACGUGAUGGAGAGUCGUGCAGUAUUUCAAAACAGGAUGAACACCUGCAUAAUUUUUGCAGAUUGCUGGGAGUGGAGCACAGCCAGAUGGAACACUGGCUUUGCCAUCGCAAAUUGGUCACCACUUCGGAGACCUACAUCAAGAACAUGUCUGUCCAGCAAGUUGUGAAUGCCAGGAACGCCCUGGCCAAGCACAUUUAUGCCCAGCUGUUCAACUGGAUUGUGGAGCAUAUCAACAAGGCCCUGUACACGACGGUCAAGCAGCAUUCCUUUAUCGGGGUCCUGGACAUCUACGGGUUUGAAACCUUUGAAGUGAAUAGCUUUGAACAAUUCUGCAUCAACUAUGCCAAUGAAAAACUGCAGCAGCAGUUCAACUCGCAUGUGUUCAAAUUGGAGCAAGAGGAAUAUAUGAAGGAACAAAUCCCUUGGACUCUCAUAGAUUUUUAUGACAACCAGCCGUGCAUAGACCUUAUUGAAGCUAAGCUGGGUAUCUUGGACUUGCUGGAUGAAGAAUGUAAGGUUCCUAAAGGAACAGACCAGAACUGGACCCAGAAACUGUACGAUCGCCACAGCAGCAGCCAGCACUUCCAAAAGCCUCGCAUGUCCAACACCUCCUUUAUCGUUGUGCAUUUUGCAGACAAGGUGGAGUAUCAGAGCGAUGGAUUUCUGGAGAAAAACAGAGAUACUGUGUAUGAAGAACAGAUCAAUAUACUAAAGGCCAGCAAGUACCCAAUGAUAGCUGACUUAUUCCAUGAUGAAAAGGAUUCGGUGCCAGCUGCUCUGACUGGAAAGGGAGUUUCCUCAAAAAUCAAUGUCCGCUCUGCCCGUCCAGCUGUGAAAGCAGCCAAUAAAGAGCAUAAGAAAACAGUCGGGCUUCAGUUCCGUAACUCCUUGCAUUUGCUUAUGGAGACCCUGAAUGCCACCACUCCACAUUAUGUACGCUGUAUCAAGCCAAAUGAUGAGAAACGUCCAUUCAGCUUUGAUCCGAAGAGAGCAGUGCAGCAGUUGAGAGCCUGUGGUGUGUUGGAGACCAUCCGCAUAAGUGCAGCCGGCUAUCCUUCCAGGUGGACCUAUCAUGACUUCUUCAUUAGGUAUCGUGUCCUUAUGAAGAAAAGGGAUAUCUCAAAAAAGACAGACAAGAAGCUGAUAUGCAAGAUGUUACUAGAAAGCCUAAUUAAGGAUCCUGACAAGUUCCAGUUUGGGCGUACCAAGAUAUUUUUCCGUGCAGGCCAAGUGGCAUACUUGGAGAAACUUCGGGCUGACAAAUUCCGUGCUGCUACCAUCAUGAUACAGAAGACAGUACGUGGCUGGUUUCAGAGGGUGAAGUAUAGGAAAAUGAGAGAGGCAGCUGUAAGAAUCCAGAGGUACACCCGAGGACACCUGGCACGCAGACUGGCCGAUCGUCUAAGGAAAACGAGAGCAGCCAUUGUUUUCCAGAAGCAAUAUCGCAUGUUGAGGAUCCGCCGUGCUUACCAAACAAUUCGCAGAGCUGCCAUCACAAUCCAAGCCUUCACCCGAGGAAUGUUCAUCCGAAGGUCCUAUCAAAAGAGGCUCAUGGAACACAAAGCCACCAUCAUUCAGAAGCACGCCCGGACCUGGAUGGCUCGGAUGCAUUUUGUCAGGUUCCGAUGUGCUGCUGUGGUUAUCCAGUGCUACUUCAGGCGCAUGAAGGCCAGGCAAGAGCUGAAGGCCCUGAAGAUUGAGGCACGGUCAGCAGAGCACUUGAAGCGACUCAAUAUUGGGAUGGAGAAUAAAGUUGUUCAGCUGCAGAGGAAGAUAGAUGAACAGAACAAAGAAUACAAGCUUCUGAAUGAGCAGUUGUCCACAGCUGCCUCUGCUUAUUCCACUGAGGUGGAGAAACUGAAAAAGGAAGUGGAACGGAAGAAAGGGGAUGGCAACCAGAUGGCAAGCUUGCAAGAAGAGAUUGACACUCUCCGGUUGGCACUGGAGAAAGCUCAUGGGGAAAGAAAGAUAGUGGAAGAUACCUACACGAAGGAGAAAGAUGUGCUCCGAAAGCGGAUAUCAGACUUGGAAGAAGAGAACGUGCUGCUCAAACAGGAAAAAGAGGAGUUGAACAACAAAAUCUUGUGCCAGUCGAAAGAUGAGUUUGCACAAAAUGCUGUUGAGGAAAAUUUUGUGAUGAAGAAGGAGCUAGAAGAGGAGAGAGUUCGUUAUCAAAAUCUUGUGAAGGAGUAUUCAAGGCUAGAGCAGAGAUACGACAACUUGAGGGAUGAGAUGACUAUAGUAAAGCAAACCCCAGGACACAGAAGAAACCCGUCUAACCAAAGCAGCCUGGAAUCGGACUCCAAUUACCCUUCCAUUUCUACGUCUGAGAUUGGAGAUACUGAGGAUGCAAUACAGCAAGUGGAGGAAGUUGGUUUGGAGAAAGCAGCCAUGGACAUGACCCUCUUCCUGAAGCUGCAGAAGAGAGUGCGAGAACUUGAGCAGGAGAGAAAGAAGCUGCAAAGCCAACUGGAGAAGAAAGAAAGUGAUAGCAAAAAAUCCCAGGUAAUUGAAAUGAAGAACGAAAUGGAUUUGGACCGUGAUACAGAUCUAGAGUACAACAGUCUGAAGAGGCAAGAGUUAGAAUCUGAGAACAAGAAACUGAAAAAUGAACUUAACGAGCUGAGGAAAGCUAUAGUGGACCGGGUGGCUCAGAACAACUCCUCCAAUGACGUCCAGGACAGUUACAGCCUGCUCCUGAAUCAGCUCAAGUCAGCUAAUGAAGAGCUGGAAGUGCGGAAGGAAGAGGUGCUUAUUCUAAGGACACAGAUUAUAAAGGCAGCCCAGCAAAAAGAUUCAGGCAGAAAUAUGGUAAUGGAGUCAAAGAUCAACAUGCAGACCAGCUGGCCAAACAGUGACAAGCACGUGGAUCCAGAAGACGCAAUAGAGGCUUAUCAUGGCGUGUGUCAGACUAACCGGCUCCUUGAGGCCCAGCUCCAGGAUCAGAGAAGAGAGCAUGAAGAGGAGGUAGAAACGCUGAAGGAGCAAAUGGUGGCUUUGAGGGAAGAGACGGAGAAGCAGCAGGAGGUCUUUUUCCAGACACUCCAGCUGUCACCGGAAGCCCAAGUGGAGUUCGGCAUCCAGCAAGAAAUCACACGGCUGACUAAUGAAAACCUGGAUCUGAAAGAGCUGCUUGAAAAACUAGAAAAGAAUGAAAGGAAGCUGAAAAAACAGCUCAAGAUUUACAUGAAGAAAGUCCAAGAUCAUGAAGCAAAUCAAGCCAGCAUACAAACCGAAAAGCAGCGCCAUGAACUCACCCGGCAGGUCACCGUCCAAAGGAAAGAGAAAGAAUUCCAGGGAAUGUUGGAGUAUUUCAAAGAGGAUGAGCCGAUACUUGUCCGAAAUCUGAUUACAGAUCUGAAGCCCCAAACUGUCUCUGCCACGGUACCCUGCCUUCCUGCCUACAUUCUCUAUAUGUGCAUCAGGCAUGCAGACUACAUUAACGAUGACCAUAAAGUACACUCCUUGCUUACCUCUACCAUCAAUGGCAUUAAAAAAGUAUUAAAGAAGCACAAUGAGGAUUUUGAGAUGACAUCCUUUUGGCUGGCCAAUACCUGUCGCCUCCUACAUUGUUUGAAGCAAUACAGCGGAGAUGCGGGUUUUAUGACCCAAAACACUGCGAAGCAGAAUGAACACUGUCUGAAGAAUUUCGACCUCACUGAGUAUCGCCAGGUCCUAAGUGAUCUUUCCAUUCAGAUUUACCAGCAGCUCAUCAAAAUCGCAGAAGGCGUCUUGCAGCCCAUGAUAGUGUCUGCGGUAUUGGAAAACGAGAGCAUCCAAGGCCUGUCGGGUGCGAAGCCAAUGGGCUACCGGAAGCGAACCUCCAGCAUGGGAGACAGUGACAACUCAUACAGCUUGGAGGCGAUCAUCCGCCAACUCAACACAUUUCACAGUGUCGUGUGCGACCAGGGGCUCGACCCCGAGAUCAUCCAACAGGUCUUUAAGCAGCUUUUCUAUAUGAUCAACGCUGUGGCCCUGAACAAUCUGCUGCUGAGGAAGGAUGUCUGUUCUUGGAGCACAGGCAUGCAAGUCAGGUUUAACAUCAGCCAGCUGGAGGAGUGGUUGCGAGGGAAGAACCUUCACCAGAGUGGGGCUGCACAGACCAUGGAGCCUUUGAUCCAGGCCGCGCAGCUCCUGCAGCUGAAAAAGAAAACUUCAGAAGAUGCUGAGGCCAUAUGUUACUUGUGUACAUCCCUCACCACACAGCAGAUUGUAAAAAUACUCAACCUCUACACUCCUGUGAAUGAGUUUGAAGAGCGGGUGACAGUAGCCUUCAUAAGAACCAUUCAGGCACAAUUGCAAGAACGGAAUGACCCUCCACAGCUAUUGUUAGACUUCAAGUACAUGUUCCCUGUUUUGUUUCCAUUCACCCCUUCGUCUAUUACGAUGGACUCUAUUCACAUCCCUGCCUCUCUCAGUCUGGAAUUCCUUAACAAAGUUUGAAGAUACUAUGAUGACUCCCAGCCAAAUUCCGCCCCACCCCCCAAAAAGAGGGGAAUUUUAAGGAUUUCUUCAAAUGUGGACCAAACAAAUGUUUAAAGAACCAAUACUCUUUCGUCAAUCAGUGCUAAAUUGUACAGCAUACAGAACUAAUCUUGUAUUUUGGUUUGUAUGGGUUUUUGGGGGUUGGGGAGGAGACAGAUCUUGCAGCCAAGAAUACUUGAAAUGAGAGGGUUUUCUACUGCUUGACAUUAUCAUGCUGUUAAGGUGCCAGCAUAGGUAAGUGGGAUAUCACUUUUGAUUUCCGUUGAAUUUCUGGAUAGCUGUAAUUUAUCUUGAAAUAACAGAAAGAAACCUAGAUGGCCAUACAUCUUCAAACGGUUGAUGAUUAUGGGGUUUUUACAGAUUGGAGACACUCUUCCACUUCUCUGUUGUUGCUAUCCACUGUUCUUUAAAAUGACCAGUUCUGGGAAUACAGUUACAGUAAUCCAACAUAAUUCAUCAUACAGUCUGAAAGGAAACUAAUGUGAAGAAAUGAUACUUGUUGCUUGUAUGUGGGACUUCAGAAGGUAGUUGCUGCUGUUUCCACAACUUCCUUCAAAUACUGCUUUCUCAACAUGUACUAUGCUAGGGUUGCUCACUGGGACAGUCCCAGUAUAGCACAGCAUAAAUAUUUCUUCCAUAUGCAACAUCUGAGAAAGGGAAAAGUUGUGGAGGACUUGGAAAUCUCUGUACUAGUUGAAUCCCAUGAUAGUAAUUCCACUAUAGGCUACUAUGAAUUAUUAAAAGUAACCCAGAAGCUUGUUCUGCAGCAUUAGAUAGCUUUAUGCCACUUUAAUCCCCAUGACAUCUGUGAGACUAUAUUGGUUUCCAUGAUUGUGGGAAAAGGCACACAAGAGAAGAUGACUUCUUGCCAACAAAAUAGUGGAGCUCUUGCAAUUCAUCAGUGGCAUGACUGUGCUAGUCAUGUCUUGGCUCCACUGCAGGUCAUUGUGGAGUGGACAUUGGUACAAAACUUAUGUUCAACCAACUUGGUGAUUUUGACAAGUUUCCAAAGCCCGUUAAAAAGAAUGCUGCUUUCUGCCAUGGAUUUGUACAUGAAAAUAGUUGUGCAAUACCAUGCUGAACUUAGCAGUAAAAUAUUGGUUGAAAGAGAAGCAUUUUGAGAGAGCUAAAGUGGGAUUCUAGUACCAGUUCUCAGCAUUUUAAAAUAUCUAUUCCUUAUGAAACACUACAGGGUAACUGAUGGCUCUCUGGAUGUUUCUAACCCAAGGAGGAUUUUCAGAAUCCUAUUAAUGUAAGUAGUUUUCCCAACCCCCUAUUACUCGGGCAUUAAAAUACAUCUGUUGUUGCUCCCAACACCACUGAAAUGUCCAAAGAUAGCACUCUGUUGCCAGAUAGUGGCAAUGGUUGCGUGAAUCUGCAAGACAGAAAUUGACCGUGGCAACAACUUCCUGUCAUUUGCAUCUGACAGCUGAAAAGGUAUUUGCUAAAAUUUCUGGAUCCAGUUAAAAUGGUGAUUAGACGUCUCCAAUUUGCUUGAUGGCUCUGCCUAAAUAGCUCUUAAGGCCUUUACUUCUUGAACCUAUGAUGGCAGAAGAUCUUUGAUAGGAGUGCUUGAAUACUGUCAUGUUUAGACUAACUAGUUACAGUCAUAGAACUAGAUAGUAUAACUCAAAUGCCCAACUCGCAAACAUUAAGUAUGUCAUGAUUUUUUUAAAAUUAUAAAACAUUCUGACCUGACUCAGAAAAGAACUAGGGCACUUUUCCAUUUUCAAGCAGAGAAUUAGUCCCUGAAGCCAUUGCUUCCUUUAAAAGUUCAGUGGUCUGCACUUAAGGGUAUUGCUGAUUCAGGCUACAUUGCUCAUUACCACCUUGCAGUAUCGAGCCCUUACAUGUGCAGGUGCACAGAGAGACAGACACAAGAUCCCACAGUCACCUUGUAGACAAAACAAGUCCAUCUUUAAUUCAGCAAAUCUAGGCAAUAUGUAAUUAUGCUGCUACCAACUUUUUGUGAGUGAAUAUUGCUUGCAGUCAAGCACCAAUUGUAUUCCAGAAAGAAUUCAGGAGAGAACUAAAUAGCUAUAUGUCACAGCAUAAUUCUCCAUAUUUUUAAAUUAAUUCACAGGAAAGGGAUAAGCCAAGAACUGUGGUGGCACUAGGCUCCAAAACUUGAUUUGUUUUGAUUCUGCAGUGCCUUCCACUUUCUCCAUGUUUUUUGGCCAGUUUUCUAGCACCUGCGGUGGGGCCUGAAUGAGUAAUGGUCAAUGGGAUCUCCCCCUGUAGUAGGGAUCUCUGUCCCUACUUCAUUUGGCAUGGAAAACAGCAAGCUCUCAUGGCAAACAUUGCCUCUGGACUUUGAUUUCCUGCACACAGCAAACUAGUGCUGGAGCAAAGCACUACAGAGUUCAUACCAAGCAGCUGGCAGUGAUCCACCCAUCAAGUGAGACCGGGUGAAAGAUCCACCUCUGCAGGUCUGACACUUCACAGAAUAUGGAAGUACAACCAGCUUGUUGCCUCCAGCAAAACAAAUCCAUUCUUCGUCGUAGCCAAACAUCUUGCUUGUUAUUACAACGGUCUCUUUCAAGCACAAUAUACAAGUUUCCACUGAAGUCUCCUUUUUCUGUGUAUCCAAUUAAGUGAUGUGUGAAAAUGUCCCCAGCUGCCACUUGAUCACUGCACAGUUUCCAAACGUCACUAAACAAUUCUAAUCAGGCAGGUUAGAAUAUAGGAAGCUGCAGCAUCUACUGUUGUUGGGAAUUUUAGAAACUAUAAGAUAUGACUAAUGUUCCUCCAGAGAUAAUGGUAUUUCACUACAGCACUGCAAGAAAGUUAAUUUAUAUUGUGUAUUUUAUUGAUGUAUAUUUAAAAAAGUAUGUUGGUAUAGAAAAUUAUACAAAUAUCUUUAAUUAAUUUAUCUACAAACUUGGAUUUUCAGAAGGAUCUUCUGUUAAAUGUUACCUGUUUUUAAAAAAUCUUGGAACUUUUAAAAAAGCCAGUUCACUUGUAAUGCCAUGCAUAGACAUGCCUUUUUUCUUUCUCUCUUGCUAAUCAGCCAUAUCAAUUUGCUUUAAAGCACUUUAGCACAGUUCAAAUAGACUGGUGGUGUCAUUUGUUUAAUUUUUAAAAACUAUUUUCUGAAUAAGUUGAGUACUUUCCCACUGUGUGCCUUUUCGCAGUUACUCUCAAUCACGGGUUCCCCCACCCCACCCCAAAUAACUGAGUGUUUUAAGUGUGGGAAAAUGUUUAACUGUCACCAAAAAUUGCCUUUGAAUCUGUGUGAAGACAGGUGAAGCUGAAGUUGGAUGUGGGCAGGUUUUGAAGUCAACAAAAAAGCCCAGUAUUGUAAAUGGUAGCUGCAAUUUCUCAAUGCGCAUGAGCCAGAUCCACACUUGCCUCAGAGCUGUGUUGGCUUUUCCUCAAACAGCCUUUUAGACUCUCCCAAAUCUAAAAACAGCUUUUGAAUUCAGUGUGAGAAAUUGCAAGAGGGGAAAUUUCCCCAGAGCCCUGCUGUGUGCACUCUGUUGCUUGUUCGCAUCCACAGCACUCUGCUAACUUGGAAACACUGUUCAUCAGGAACAAGACCCUCCAAAAGGCAGGGAAUACAGUGCUAGGGGCAUAUGCGGUCUGAUAGUCACAUGCCAGUGUAAGCCAUUAGCAACUUUUUUCUGCCAUGAAGGGGGUGCUAUAGCUAGCCAACAAACUGUGGUUGCUCCCUUCUUCCAGCAGUAAGAAACUGCUGCUACAGAAAAAAGAGUUGCAAAAGACCUCCCGUUCAGCAACAGGAGGAGACUGUGACUUAUCUAAAGCCUGCCCUUCCCAUGAAAACAGAUGCUUCUCUGCCUCCUUCCCUCAAAAUCAAAAAGCUUUCAGGCAGAGAGAAGGGAAUACUCCAAUAUCCUAGACUUGACAAAAAAUCUAAUACUUCUGUAAUGUGCAGUGUUUCAUUGACAUCUUAGGGUCAAUUCUCAUGAAAGCUGAACUACAUGUUAAGUUAAAAUGCAUACAGGACCGCACAGUGUGGUGUUCAGCUGUGAACAGCAGUCAAAGGACAUCAGGAGAGAGACUGUGGUGGGCAGGAAGAGGGGUAUUUAACCCUCCUGCUAUGCUAUGGUCCUAAUAAAAAAUCUCCAUCAUAAAGCUGCCAGGAAGGAAGCUUCGGUUGGCAACAUUUCCAUGGACAUUUCCCUGCCAGGUCUAAUCAUAGCUUUCAGAGUGCAAUAUUUGCCACAACCAUGGCCCAGGGACAAAGAGUUAAACACUCCAUUCUUCCCAUGUGCUGCAGACCCACUCCUAAUCAGGCUUUCCUAAGUGGCUGUUUACACUUAAAAAAAAUAAACAUGCAGGGUCAAAUGACUCUUGCCACUUUGGGAAGCUUACUUUCAAUCUAUAAGGACUUUAUUUUUUUCUGUCUAAGAUUUAAUUUGUUUUGAUGCAGUAAACUUGAGGUCUGGGUUCACAGCAGAGUGCUCACACAAUUGCCUCAUCACAUGCAUAUUCAAUAUAGGCUGACAGAAAUGGUCAGUCAGUAUUGAAUAGAAGUCCAAAAGUGAAUUGGCUGUCAAGAUGGGGCUGUCCUUUUGCAAUUAAUUGAUACAUCUCUGUAGCUGGACACUAAUGCAGCCAGUCUCAUGUCUAUUCCUUGAAGAGAGGCCAGUCAACUCUAGAUGCUGUAAAGAUCAAUAGUUGCAAAUAAGAUUGGCAACUGAUAGAUCUGAUGAUGCAGACGCUUGUCUACGUACAAAAAAUAAACCUGUUUGUGUUUAGGCAGACAUCGUUAUUUAAAAUUUUAUAUACUGCCUUUGGUUAAGGGCAAUGGGAACUCACACUAGAUUUUUUAAAAAGCUAGGGGAGACACAGGGCACACGGUCCCACAGCUCACAUCUCUUUACCAUGAUUGAGAGCAUUGUGUCCCCAUCAUCUCGUCUGAGAUGCCACAAGACUCAAACGUGUAAGAAUUUGCAGUGAUUGGUUGUCCACUGAUGUAAGCUGUGCCAGUUUCAAGCCACAUUUGGAAGUUACUGAACAUGUAUUAAUACUAAACUUCAUUUUCACCUCAUUCCAGCGCUACAUUAAAUAUAUGGGCUUAUUUAUUCUUGUUGGACUGGUAUAGCUUCAAUAGGGACUGUAAUAAGAGGUCAAAACUAUCUAGGAUUAUAGAAGCAUUGUAGCUGGUUGUCCAGAACUGUGCCAAUCAAGAUAAACUGCACAAGUCAGCUCAUACCUCUGCCUCCUCAAGCUGUUGGGAUUUUUUUUUUACAUAUUUGAACUGACCAAUUUCUUUGUUUUCCAAAUCAAAGCUGAAUGUUUCAAGUACAAACAGCUAAUAGCAUUUCCCAUAAAGACUACAGAAUUAUUCAAAGAAUGCAAAUGCCAGACUGUAAAGAUUGUUGUGCUAAAGGGAAAGAAAGCAAAGUACACACCCAGAACCAUGCGGUCUGAGAUCUGCUGUGCACCCAAAGUCUUAAUCACCCAGUCUGAUAGUUCAGCUGCUCUGAAGGUGUUUGAAUGACAUUUGAGGGCGAGUCCUAAAAGUGCAGAUGAAACACUGCUGCUGAUAAAAGAAAUAUUUUUUUCCAUUUUGAACAAAUCUGUAAACUGCACCUUUUGUUUAUAGGGAAACGACUAUAAUAGUCACUGUCAUUGGCUGUGCAUAAAAAAUGUGAAAUAAAUACUUUGGAAUAAA